UUCACACAUUUAUAAAUGACAAUGUCAGAUAAUUUUUCUUUUUCUUUUUUUUCUUUUCUUCUGUAUGAUUUAUCAACAACAUUAAAAACCAUGGAUCAUAUUAAAGUUUCUCAUGUAAAUGAUAAUCAACAACAACAUAGUAUAGUAGUAAAAAAAGAAUCACAAACACGUUUGUCAUUGUGUGUAAUAUGCAAACAGUCCAUAAAAAUUCUUCAUAAUGAGAAUCACCAACAAGUUGUAAUCGAUGAUAAUGUUGAUGUUGAUGGUGACAAAAGAAUCGUUUGUCUUCAAUGUCAGAAAUUUUAUAAUGAAUCUAUUGAAUUAUCAAUUCAUUCUAAAUUCAAAUGUGUUUGUAAUGAUUCAAAACCUUUUGAUCAAUCACCAUUGCAUUGUGAUUAUUGUCGAUUUAAUAGAUUAAAUCAAUUAGCAUUUAAUCGAAAACUCGAAAAUAAUUCAUUAGAAACAAAAGGAAUAUCCGAAUCACGAUGUAAACGAAUUGAAACCAUAACCGGUGGAUAUGCAGGAAAACAAUUGAUGAAUGGCCAGCAAUCAUAUAGAAUUUAUCAUGCAAUGAAUGAUGAUAAUGUCGAUACAGAUAAUGUAAAACAACAACCAUCCGAAGAGCAACAACAAACAAUGAAGCAUAGAAUCAAUAAUAACAAUAUUAAAACAAUUAAAAAAUUAAUUUUUCUUUCACCAAAUUCCUUAUCGAUGUUUCCAUUUAUUUCCCAAAAAUCUGGUUCUCAGCAAUCAAAUGCAUAUGAUUCUCACAAUCCGAUGAUUAUUGUUCCACAAUCUAAUCGAAAUAAAAAUCAACAGCUUCAACAAUCAUCUGCUAAAAGAUUGUUGAUACAAGCACCACAAAGUUGUAAAAAUGUGAAUUUAUCACAGAAAAAAUUUCAAUCAACAACGGUGAACAACAAAAAUGGUCCGAACAAAAUUUCAAAAUCAUCCAUUCGUUUGAAUAAAAAGAAUUUUGGACAGCAAAAAAAUGCUGUCAAAUAUCGAUUGUUAGCUAACAAGACAUUUCAGACAGAAGAAAACAAACAAUUAAAUGGUCAGGCUGUUGUUGACGCUUCUAUGGAUAAUGAUAAAUUUCAAUCAAAUCGAUACACAAAUUUUUCACUGGUUCAAAACCCUAUUGAUAUGGAUCGAAAAUUGUCCGAAGCAUUAGCCAGUCUUGAUUCAAAUCGUAUUUCAAAAUACCGUUGCCCUUUGGAAGAAUUAUUUCAUAAUUGGACAUUUUUCAUCGAUCAUAUUAGUAUGAUUUAUUGGUCUUGUUUUGGAUCGAAUGAAUUAAGAAUUGAAUUAUUCAUCAAGAAAUUCUGGUCAUUUUUAAAUGAUUUUCUAUGCUUAUAUCGUAGUGAUCAAAUUAAUGAUCAUGCCGUGAUUUCAUUAAUCAAAUCCAUAAACGAUGAAACGAUAAUACAUAUCAAUCAGAUUUUGUUAUUACAUAUUUGUUGGCUUAAAUUUGGCCCAUUUAACCAUCAAGAUCUUAAAACUAAUUCACAUCCUUGGUGGAUAUCCAUCAAACAAGUUGUUACCAAUAUGGAUAAUGAUCCAAAUCAAAUAUCGAACAAAAAGUCAGUCUUAUUGACUGAAGCAUUGGAUAAUAUUGGCGCCAUUGCUGAUCGUUUUCAUGUGAACGAUAUUGAAUUGGCAUUAGUAUCAACAAUUCUUCUAUUGAAACAUUCGAAUAAUCAAUCAGUAAAAAUGAUGAACAAUGAUAAUGUUGCAUGUCAUGUAUGUCAUCGACCAAUGUUUCGUUUACAACAAUUAUUUAUGGCCAUGUUGGAAUUGUUUGUCGAUGAUCAUCAACAAUUAACCAAUGUGAAUGAUUCUAAUAAUAUGGCUGGAUUAUCAACUGCUGUUUAUGCUGGUACCAGCAACAGCAACAGCAGCAGCAGCAGCAGCAGUAAUGGCGGCCUCACACAAUUAAUGCUGUUUUUGUCACCAGAAUUGGAAUAUUUUUUUGCUUUAUUGAAUGCUUGAUUUGUUUUUUCGUCUCUAUAUACUUUGAAAUGAAAAAUAAUAAAA